ACGGCUCUGAACAGCUCCAGCAAGACAUCAAGGCCUUCUCACUCAGAGACAUUUGAAACGUCAACAUGAUGUUUUUCCUCUUUUUGUGUUUCCUCGCUCUUUGUGCUGCGGCUCCCUUGGAGGAGAAAAACAUGAAGCUCCAGCGCGGCGGUUGUCCACUGUUCUGGUACAGCUUCAAAGACCGCUGCUAUCGGUACUUCGCCACAGACAAAACCUGGGCUGAUGCAGAAUAUUACUGUGUGUCUCAGGGAGCCAACCUGGUGUCCAUCCACAGUGUGCAGGAACAUAACUUUGUCAAUUGGUUGAUUGGAAUUUUGGAUCCUGAGCAGAGCCCUACCUGGAUUGGACUCAAUGACGUUCAUAAAGAAGGAGCUUGGAUGUGGUCUGAUGGAUCCAGGUUCGACUUUUCCAUUUGGGACAUUGGACAGCCUGAUAAUGCCGGACAAACCGAACACUGUGGCUAUACCAACAGCGGUGAACAGUUCCGAUGGAAUGAUGGCAGAUGUUCCACAGUCCUGCAUUUUGUUUGUGCAUCAUUUGACAUUAUGUCAGAGAAUAGCUCUCUGUCUUGA